AUGUAUGUGACCGUGUUUGCACUCAUCAUCAUCAACAAGGCCGGUGGCUUAAUCUACAACAAGAUCUUCCACGAGACGGGCCUACAAAAGAUCAGCACAAACGACUACCUCGUCCUCGCGGGCACCUUUCACGGUGUCCACGCCAUCACAGCCAGGCUCAACCCCAUCAAGCCCGUCGCACCGCCAACUGCGCCUGGGGGCGUGCCCAGCAGGCCGGAGCCAUCGUCGGGGCUCGAGGUACUCGAGACGGAGAACUUUCGCAUGCAGUGCUUCAACACCAUGACGGGCACCAAGUUCCUUCUCUUCACGGACACGACGCAGACCAAUGUCGACGUCACCAUCAGGCGGAUAUACGACCUCUACGCCGACUACGUCAUGAAGAACCCGUUUUACUCACUAGAGAUGCCGGUGCGGUGUGACCUAUUUGACCGUAAGCUGCUAUCAUACAUUAGAGAGAUCAACAGCCGCUGA